UCAUCUCUCAUCGAUACAAUGUCGGAGUAUUAAAUUCACUUGGUUGUGUCGACAAUUAUGCAUGCUCACGAACGUCAUGAGCGAUAUUUAGUUAUGGGAAAUUCAGACACCUGGAAGAUUCUUUGUUGAGUGUUUAUUUUCUUUUUUUUUUCUUUCACACAGAAAUAUUUAAUGUGCGCUAUAGCCUGUGUUCAGACUUACUCGGCAUCUGUAUAAAGUGUUCAUUGUUAAAGUGAUUUUAGGUUAAAUAUGAAGCUCUGUCAUCGGAUUGCAAGCGGAUGAAAUCGCAUGGUAGAGAGUGUUGUUCUUUGUUCUGAAUUAUACUUUCUGUCUUUUUUUUUUUUUUUGUUUUUUUUUAUCUCCCAGAUAGUAUCUUACCGCUCUUUAAAUAAAACAGCUAAAACUGAAACAGAACGCAAUAGAAGAAAAAUGAGAAAUUGUCUAAACUUUCAUUCCUGUCAAUAAAUAUGCCAGUUUAUUCAUGAAAUACAUAUAUAAGUUGUUAAUAUUUUCUAAACAAAUGUGUCAUAUAUUUUCUGAUUCUUUUUUAUAUCCCUCGAUACUUCGCACUGUGCUAAAAACAAAACUCUCUUUCUCUUAAUUGCCGCACAAUAUAUGCGUAACAUUCGUAUACAUUACAUUACGUACGUUUACACAUACGUAAUACGUAACAUGUGUUUUCUCGCGUUCGCUUACGUAGGAGAAAUCUUGUUAACCGCGAUAUAGAUUUGUCAUCGCAUCUUACUGUCGUGAUGCAAUGUGCAUCCGCUUUCUGACACGGUGACUUGACAAUACAAAAUUGAAAAGAAACGCGUGUGUAACGUCGUGUGUUAUCGACGUUCGCGAAAACGAAUACGUCCGGUAAGCAGCGCGAGUUGGAAAGUGACGUAAGUGGGAAACAAACAGAGCGCAUUCUGCGUGUCCGGCCGUGUACGAUUGGGACGUGAGCAAAUGCCGUCGGACUUUCUUCCACUUUGUGCGAUGACGCGGAUGUCUGUGUAGUCUACAGUCGAAAACGAGAAGGAUACAGGCUCGCAUCUCGUCUGUGGCGUGUCCCAACAGAGAAAGAGAGAGAUGUUGGAUACACUACUGAUGGAUCCGAACGGGAACGGCAAGCGUGAUUCUCCCCAUAGUGGUGCUACGCACUCCCAUCGUCGUGUACCUAGUAACGAUGAAAACAACAAAACAACUGACCUGGAAUUUGUUUACGACGAUACUGAUUCCCAUGCUAAUGAGAUUGCUGAGUUGUACAGCUACACAGAGCAGUAUGAGCUGCAACUUAAUCUCAAGGCAUUCGAAGAUCAAAUGGAAUGGUACAAAUUGCGACCCUGGUGGCAAAAUUUGACCAGACCCCAGCAGAAGUCAAUAGUGCACAAGUUACUGGAUCAGUUGGAGGUAUCCAAUAAGCAGCUCAGAAUGAAGGCGGCGCGUUGUAUUCUCUAUUUAGCUCAGGGUUGUUGGGCUGAGGUACAGUCUGACAAGGAACAACAAGACUGGACUAGGACAAAUGUAAUGAUACUCUAUGAAGCUGGCAUUUUUCCAGCGUUUGUUGAACUGCUAAAUAUUGAGAUUGAAAAUAGCACAACUGCUACCUCAGCAAUGAGAAAGCUAGCUGUAAGUCUUGCUGACUCGAUAGACUUACGAGUCAUCUUGUCCGUUUUGUAUAUUAUCACAGAAGUUAUGAGAGAGGAAUUACGAAACAUCGAGCACAGUGAAUACAAGGAAAAUGUGGAAGCUUUCAAGGAAGAUCUUGUGAAUCCAUACGGAGAAGAAUUAUUGAUCAUUAAACUUCUCGGCAUGGUGACAUGCUUCUGCAGUGGCUCUGCGCCACAUUUUCCUAUGAAAAAAGUUCUUUUGCUCUUGUGGAAGUUGAUUUUAGUUUCUCUUGGUGGUAUCGACACGCUCAGAGAGCUGAAGAAACAGUAUCGUCAGGAGGCUGAUCUCGAUACGAUACAGGAAGACACUAUUGAAGUCGCCAGAACAAUGAGAGCCAGUUCACCGCCUAUGAGCGCGGCAGAUUUGUUAGAAACGCAAAAUCAGAAAAGAAACAAUCGACCCUUUCGACGGAGUUUGAUGAAGCAGAGCUCGUUGGAUGAUCCAGGUCUGGGAAUGGAAUACGAAGGUGGGGAACCUACAAAUAACUCUACAACAAACGAGGGAGAUGGCGAACUGAUUAUAUUCUGCGGUCCUGCUGGAAGCAGCUGGAAUCAAUCAUAUUAUGAAGAAAAUAAUCCGUCGCAAAUAGGACAGACUUUUAAUCCGCAAAUUGUGAAAGGAAAAGGUUUACCAUGGACACCGAAAGUGAGACAGAAAGAUGUAGACGCCUUCCUUGAAGUCGCUAGAUUGAAGUUUGUCGGUUACAAGUUACAAGGAGACAGAGAAAGUUUAGCGGGUUUGCCUCAACCGAUUCACGAAGGUGUCACGACCUUGAAAAAGCACAUGUACACGUCUCUGGCAGAGAUACAGAUACGAAAAGAAGAGGAAAUAGCGAGAAACCCGAUGAGCACUGUAGAACCACCGCUUCGUCAAACACCGACAGAAAUUUUGUAUCAAGCUAUGUUACCGAAUUUGCCGCAAUAUAUGAUCGCAUUGCUGAAAAUAUUACUCGCUGCUGCACCAACCAGCAAGGCCAAAACGGAUAGCAUCAAUAUUCUGGCUGAUGUGUUACCGGAAGAAAUGCCAAUGACGGUGUUGCAAUCGAUGAAAUUGGGAAUCGAUGUUAACCGACACAAAGAGAUAAUUGUUAAAGCCGUUUCGGCAAUUUUAUUGUUGUUGCUUAAGCAUUUCAAGCUGAAUCACAUAUAUCAAUUCGAAUUUAUGUCACAACAUUUGGUAUUUGCCAACUGCAUACCUCUCGUAUUGAAGUUUUUAAAUCAGAACAUUAUAGCUUAUAUCGAAGCGAAAAAUGUUAUUCCUAUUUUGGACUUUCCCAUGUGUGUGAUCGGCGAUCAGCCGGAAUUAACUACCGAAAGUCUUGAGAUUGGUCACACUCAGACUUUCUCGUGGAGAAACGUUUUCUCCUGUAUCAAUUUGUUGAGAAUUUUGAACAAAUUAACCAAAUGGAAACACAGUAGGAUAAUGAUGUUAGUUGUGUUCAAGUCGGCGCCUAUUUUAAAACGUACUUUAAAAGUCAGGCAUGCAAUGAUGCAAUUAUAUGUUCUAAAAUUGCUAAAAAUGCAGACGAAGUAUCUGGGUCGGCAGUGGAGAAAGACAAACAUGAAAACCAUUAGCGUCAUUUAUGCGAAGGUCCGACAUCGUUUAAAUGACGACUGGGCAUACGGCAAUGAUUUAGAAGCGCGGCCAUGGGACUUUCAAGUUGAAGAAUGCGAAUUACGUACCUGCGUCGAUCAAUUCAAUAAUCGGCGAUACUCGAACACUCCGAGAGACGAAGAGAUGGAACCGGUUGACGCGUCGAUAACCUCAGUACUUGGCGCAAAGAUAGAACUGACCGAAGAGUUCAAGCAGCAUUACGAGCUGUGGUUGCAGCAAGAGGUAUUUCAAAGGAGUAUCAACUGGGACGAACUUUUGGAUCCUGCGGCUUGUGAAAUUUAAGAGGUUCCGCGAUUAGUGUUGAAACAUGAUGGAAAUCGUAUUUUCAUUGUAAAUCACAGGACUUGUGAAUGAGAUAGCAGCAUUUUUACGAAUUAUUACACUUUUACGUGAAGAAGUGUUCAAACGAGAAAGACGAAUAAAGAAAGAAACAUUGCCAUAUCUUGACACCGCAGAAAUUUCAAAGUUGCACUUGAUAUAUCGCGCGGUGAAUGGUCCUAAUCUAGGAAAAUAUCUAACGAAGACUCAAUUGUGAAAACGGUGUAACAUCUCGAUUUUUUUUUUUUUUUUUUUUUUUUUUUUUUUUUUAAUUUAUUUAUAUUUAAUUUGUGCAAUGCAAACGUAUAGUGUUCGUAGUUAAUUUUUUAUCUUUAGAUAUUCAAUUUUAAAUAAUCUUCUCUUUUAUAUAUAUAUAUAUAUAUAUAAAUAUAUACGUAUAGAAUUUAUGUGUUUAGGAUACAAUUUUAAUAAAAUACUGAUUUCUGUUGUUAAAAGUCGCCGGAUUUCUGUAGAUCGAGCUGUUUUAUAUGUAUAUCACGUACAUAAGUUUGCAGGCAUUUGACACACCAAAUUCGAUUUCUUACAUUUUAUAUGUUUUUACACAUCUCCUCGACCCCUCUCCUCUAUCGCAAUGAAUAUAUAAACGCUCGACAUCUCGAUGUACGUGACGCGCAGAGACUUAUUUCUGCAUUUGUUUGAUGAUACAAAUAACAAACAUUAUACUUAUCGCAUAUAUAUAUAUAUAUAUCUUCGGUUCUCACAUCGUAAAUCAUGACACGCAUCAAUUUGUAUUUAUGUACUCAUGUGUAGAUAAAUCUUACGUAAGAGAGAGCUGAAUAGCCAAACAUUGC